AUGAAUGAAGAUGAAGCGUUUGAGUUGAGAGAAGAAGAGUAUGAGGGUGACAAUGGAAAUGGGGAUGAGGAAGAUUAUGAGUAUAAUGACCCCACUCAAUGGUGGAUUAGUGUAGUUGAAGAGUGCGCAGAUGGUGAUGAUGACAGUGCUGGUUUCAAUUCUGAAGAUGAACUACAAAGUUUACCAAGUGAUGAUGAUGAUGGCAAUGGUCCUUCCCAAAAACAUAGGGAAUUUAACCCUAAGGUGCACAUGGAAAAUGUCAAAUUUGUGCUUAAGAUGGAGUUCGCUUCUGUGGCGUUAUUGAGAGAAGCAAUCCAAACAUACUUCAUACAAUCCGAAAGGGAGUACAACUAUGUCUUCAAUAAUAGUCAAAAAUUGAGAGUCAAGUGCAAUGGAAAAGGAUGUCCAUGGAUAUUGUAUGCACGCGUACUUAAUGAUAAGAGCACAUUCAGGAUAAACACACUUGUAGAUGAGCAUUCAUGCAGCCAGGUGUUCAAAAAUAGACAUGUUGCUGGUGGGUGGUUAGCAAAUAAUUUUUUAGAACAAUUUAGGGCGAAUCCGGAUAUGUCAUACAAGCAAUGGAAACAAUUGACUUGCACAACCAAAUAUUCUUAUAUUUCUGAAUGGAGAUUUUACAGAGCAAAGAAAGAAGCUAUGAAGAUACUUGAAGGAAGUGUUAGAGACCAAUUUGUUAUUGUGGAGGACUACUGCAAGCAGAUUUUGGCAACUAAUCCAGCUGUAGGAGUGGAUGGGGAGAAUUCAUUGUACCCCAUAGCUUAUGCAAUAAUGGAGAAGGAGAACACAGAGAUAUGGAAGUGGUUUGUGGAGAUAUUAAAGGAAGAUUUACAAGUUGAAAAUCCAUCAAAAUUCACAUUGAUGAGUGAUAGGCAGAAAGGGUUGGAGAAUGCCAUGAAAGCUUUGUGGGAUGGGGCACAUGUGCGAUAUUGUGUGAGACACAUGCAUUCAAAUUUUAAGAAAGAUUUUCCUAGUUUAUUGUUAAAGCAGUUGUUAUGGGCAGCUGCUCGAGCUUCCACUAAAGAAGAGUUUGUGAAAUGCAUGAAAGCAAUUAAGGAUGUUAAUGAGAGUGCAUAUAACUGGUUAAUGGCUAAGAAUGCAUCUGAAUGGACAAGAUCACAUUUUGAUGACUCUGUGAAAUGUGAUAUGGUGUUAAACAAUAUGUGUGAGAGCUUCAACUCCGCUAUACUUGAAGCUAGAGACAAGGUUGUUGUCACGCUCCUAGAGAAGAUUAGAUUCUUGUUGAUGGUUAGAUUUUUCAAAAAGAGGGAAAGCGUCAACAAAUGGAGAGAUGGGAUUAGCAAGCGGAUAUGGGAUCUCCUUGAGAAAAAUAAAGAGGUAGCAAAAAAAUGUCACACAAAUAGAGCAAAUGCAUUUAACUUUCAGGUUACUCACGAGACUGAUGGGUCCUUUGUGGUAGACCUAAUUGCUCUCACAUGCACUUGUAGGAAGUUUGAGUGGAAUGGUUUGCCUUGUAGUCAUGCAGUGGCAGCCAUUUGGAAAAGAGGGCUCAAUGUGCUAGACUAUGUGCAUGACUACUACAAGAAAGAGAGCUUCAUACAUGCGUAUGAAGGGGUUGUGCAACCUAUGCCAAGUCCGGAUAAAUGGCCAUCUUCAAGCAAUGCUCCAAUCCUUCCACCUCCCGAAUACAAACUUCCUGGUAGACCAAAAAAGUCUAGGAAGAGGGAGGUAGAUGAGCCCCCUACUGGUGCCACAAAAUCUAACUGA